AUGAGAUUCGAAGAGCGACGAGGCGGCGAAAGUUAUCGUCCCUCUAGCAGAUAUUCUCGUUCACGAUCUCCAAGUCGCGUACGAAGACCUCGCUCCCCUCCUCCGCCUCAUGGUCCGAGAAAUAGAUCACCUCCACGGUUAGGCGCCGAUACCUGGGCACCCCGUGGUGGUCAUCCUUCAGAAAGGUAUCGAAGCCGAUCGCCUCCUGGUUUCCGUCGUUCGCGGAGUCCACCAUCUUACCGUCAACCUCAGCGCGCACGCUCGCCCUUGAGACCCAGAUCUCCACGGCGCGAUCGCCCCCCAUCCCCUGUUCAAUCAUGGAGAUCUCGCUCGCCAUAUAAUCAGCGAUCAUCCUACGAUCAGCCAACGAGGGGCGUUGGUGAUAACUACAGGGCUCCUUAUGGUCCAAGGUCCCCGAGGAGAGGUCGACCGCCCUCGCCAUCGCAUGGAAGGCGUGCAGAUGUUUCGCCGCCUCCAAGAUCAACAUUCAAGGAAAGUGACUCGUAUGGCCGCCCGCCAGCUCGUUCAAGAAGCCCACACCGUGGUGGACGUUCGCCCAGGAUUGACCCCGGUCAGGGUAAUCGGACAGUGUCACCUAAUAAGCGAGUACCAUCGGGUUAUACGUCAGCCUUAAACUCGGGGUCUACUUCGCGGAGAUCUUCUCCCCCUGUUGCUAAUGAGCGACUCCGGAUUCCGUCUUCGGGUCGGGAAAGCCGAUCUCCUGCACAGGACGUAUCAUCUCGGCGGCUUCCAAAUGAUGACAUCGCAAAAGCUUCUUCAUUAUCUACAACCGUGUCGCCAUCAUCUUCAGAGUUUGAGAAGCCCGUGCCCGCUCCGACAACCGCAGCACACCAUGCCUCACAAGAGGUUGUGGAUCGGACAGCUACAGACCGCGAUCGCCCUGGUCGUAGUAGGUCACCGAGAUCUCACCGUGCAGGCAUUGUAUCCGACGACCGAGACGAUGGUUUAAGAGAUUCUAGAUAUAACACAUCGCGAAUUUCGCAAGACAAAACCUUUCCCACUGCACCUAAUGGAUCCACCUCAUCAUCUUCUCAGAAUCGUUCAUCUAAUGUAUCCUUAUUAUCUGCUCCAACGAAGCCUCGAGGAGCGUCCGGCUAUUCUAGUCGUGACCCGACAUGGUCAGCCUCUUCAACACCAAGACGUGCUCCGUCUACACCACAUGCGCCACAUGCACCGCCCACGGGACCCCGGAACAGAUAUGCAUACAGUCCUCCAGCUCAUGACCUUCAUCGUGCAUCGUAUCGACAUAGCAACAAUGUCCCGGUCAGUCACCAGCGGAGUACGAAGGUGAAUUAUCUAGCCACAUUACCCACGGUCAUAAACGGUGGGAGACUGUUACCACUAGCAUUUGAUUUUUCGAUUGAAAAGAGACUUGUGAACUUGAAGGCAGAUGAAGAAAAAUUGGUGGAACAAGCAGUGGAGAAGCAGCUGCUGAAAAGACAGGGGCUGCGGGAUUGGGACCGACUGCAGCGCGAAAGCGCUCUCAACGCACUGCGAAGUGAACUUGCCGAAAUCCACCUUCAACGAAUGACUGAAGAAGAUAGGCUGGAAGGUAGUAGUAGUGCUUUUUAG